AUGGCGGACAAAGAACCUCGAGGCGAAGCAUAUGAAACCCAACACGUGCACACAGUCUAUGAAGAGAUUGCUUCUCAUUUCUCGUCCACAAGAUACAAGCCCUGGCCCAUUGUUGAGAGCUUCUUAAAGGGACUUCCAGAUGGCUCCAUAGGCGCAGAUGUUGGAUGUGGAAAUGGGAAAUACCUUGCCGUCAACCCGAGAGUGUUUAUUGUUGGGAGUGAUAGAUCUACCAACUUGGUCAAGAUCGCAAAAGCCUAUCAUUCGCACUCCGUCAUCGUAGCAGACAGUCUCUCUCUUCCACACCCGUCAAAGACAUUCGACUUUGCAAUUUCCAUAGCGGUAAUCCACCAUCUUUCCACUCCGGAGCGCCGGAUAGAAGCCGUGCGAGCAGUGCUAGAUAUCCUCCGACCACCAUCUUCCGUGCAAGGCGAUGAAGGAGGUAAAGCAUUAAUCUAUGUCUGGGCUCUGGAGCAAAAAGACUCUCGUCGAGGCUGGGAUGAAGGGCAUGAACAAGAUGUCAUGGUGCCAUGGGUGCUGAAGGGGAAGAGGGAGAAGAAACCAUCAAAGAAGCGGCAGAGUGACGAUCAAAUCUCGGAAGAUCGAGAUCGAGACCGAGGGAUGGGAGGACAGGGGGAGGACAAGACGUUCUUACGGUAUUACCAUCUUUAUAGAAAGGGCGAGCUAGAAGGUGAUAUUGAAGAGGCAGGCGGGAGAAUCCUAGGAUCGGGUUAUGAGAAGGACAAUUGGUGGGCGAUUGCCGUAUCUAAAAUGGAUUCAUAGCGUGAGGU